UGGUUAUCAGCUAAGUACGGGCUCGUGUCUUUGAUAUAAACACUGAUUAGUUAUAUGAAUGAGAAUCUAUGAGAAGUGUUCAUUUAAAUAAAGAUACGAUGUUUAUGAUACCUUGAUCAGACUUUAAUAAAGAGUUAUUCUAUGUCUCUAUGUCAGUCUUCGCUGAAAAUGAAGAAAAUGAAAUUGGUAAUGUUUGUUUGUUACUUGACAUUUAUAAGUGCCUAUUGUUUCUCUGUGAAUGGUGUAUACAAAGAUCAAGGGGCUUCAAAAUCUAGAACAGAAAUGGAAAUAGACAGUGGCUGCACUGAAAAAUGGUGUGAAACAUACAGCUUUUCUGAGUUAGAGAGAAUGUACAGAGGUUUAUUUUUGUCAGAAUUAGAGUUCUUUUUGCAACAGUUGCUAUUUUACCUGGAUAGAGAUAUAAUUCUGUAUCGUGAAGGGGUCAGAGACUUUGACUACAUUGUUGGAUCUGACGGCGAUGGUGAUUCUUGUUGUGUAACGAAGCAAAUUGCUUAUCGAAACUAUUCACUGCAAAAUGUGAUGGGUGUGACACGACGCGUUGUUCAUCUUACCCAUCCAAAUCCCAGGAAAAACAAGUACCAGUACAUAACACAGGCAACAUGCAUUGGAGUCGGCUCAUGUGAUGGCAUAUGUGUUUUGGAGGAUACUGUGAGAACAGUCCUUGUGUACGACAGACGAUCAGUUACAUUUGAUCAGGUUUUAGUACCGAGCUAUUGUUCGUGCAAAAGAGCAGACAAUAAAAAAUGAUCACAAUGUGUAAGUUUAUGGUGGAGAAAAAAGAACUUGGGUUAAGCAUUGAAUGAUCAAAUGUGACGCAGAAAUAAAAUGAUGAAACUUUAUUACAAACCUGAAUUCAUUCAACAAACGUAGAAGACGCGACAGUGACAAUUUUGCACCCGCAUUGUACGAAAGGUUUUAUGCUAGGCAAAUGCAUAACAUUUAUGUUAUAGUCAAUCACAGUACAGUAUGAUGUAUAACAUAACUUGAUAUCAGAUAUGAAUUCGAAUGGCCGUUCUUAAAAUAACGGAGUGAUAGCUUAUAGCAGAAGAUAAAUAUGAUAUCAAUCUUAUAUAAUUACGCAUUAAUCAAGCAAUGUUUGAGAAAAAAAAAUGAAAUUGUAUGUUGUAGAAAAUAACCAGAAGAUCUAAAUCUACUAGCAUUUCGCUUCUAAAUCACAUGUUUAAUGAACAAAAAACUAAGAUAAGAAAGGAAUACGUACAUACAAAUGCUAUGCUUUCGAAAGCCGCAUAAACGAAACUGGUGGUAGCCGUAUGAAUCGAACUUCGUGGCUAUUAGGGAACAACUUAAUACCAAAUUUAUCAUUUAACAAAAUAUAAAGUACAUUUCAUUACUUAUAUAUAGGCCGUAAGUAAACACACGUUAAAUGUUAUAGAUUCACAAUGCUUACAUUAAAUGGUAUUUCAAUGCGUCUUACAUGUAAGUACAUAAAACUCCACAAAAUCAGUGAUGCAUGCGAAAUACUCGAAUAACUGCAAAACCCUCCAUGACGCAACUGAAAAAAAAACAUAUUUAGUGUUAGAUAAAGCAGUCAACCGACAUUCCUUAUUAUUGCGUCGCAAACCAUAUUUUGUCUUUAUAUUACAAAGAUAAGACUAUUUCUUAUGUCUAGCUAAAGUUAAAAAAAAAUUCUUUUGUUAAAGGCUCUAGCUAAAGUUAAAAAAAGAACGCUUUUGUUAAAGGCAGUUACUAAAUAAGUCAAUUAAUAUGCAGAUCUGAAUUGAAGAAUAAUUUUAUACUGGGAAUUCGUUAUUAUCAUACUAAGCCACAUCCUACAUUCAUUUGACAGUUUGAACACUGCGGAUAUAGAUACAACGUGAUUUUUGUUUAAUAAAUAACAUUUUCUCAUCAGCAUAGUUAAUGAUAAAACAUUAGUGAACGUUUGAAUUCAAUGUAGUGCAAUAAUUAAUGAUAUGUUCAAACAAAGAAUUCAAUAUGCACUAUUAAAUAAAGUGUUAAUCAUUA